GGGCUUUCCUCUUGUGUGUGUCUUGUCUUCUCUUGUUUUAUACAUACACAAUACACACACCUACAAAAUUCUAUUCUGCCCCUUGUUAUUUUAUCAGAAUAUUUUAAGCUGUAACUUCCCUUUUGUUGAAGAUAGAUACACAUACAUAACUAAUAGAUACAUGCAUCUAAUAUAUAUAUAUGUUCCUCAUGCCAUAACGUUCUUGAAUUUUCUUGAUUGUUAUUUAUAAUCCUGAGAUAUUUUUGGGUUUUUCUUUUUUGCUUUUGAUUAGAAUCAGCUUUUCUUUAUUCAGAGGUUACAAAGUUGAAAGCUUUUGGCCUUAUCUUGUGAGUCAAUCUGGUUUUGGAGUCAACAAAUAAAAAAUACUAGUAAUCAGAGCUUGGGGGUCGGUUAGUUUUAUUUGUGGAUUGUGGGUGGUAAGGGAAGUUGAGAAAGAUUGGAUUUUGAUAUCUGGGUAUUGGUUGGAAUUUGAUUUUAGGAUCUGGGUUGGGUUCUUUUUGGCAUUUGUGAUUUUGGUUUGAGUGAUGGCUGGUUUUGAACCUGGGAACAAUCUUGAGAAGUGGAGGAGUUAUUUCAGGACUUGUAGUGGUUCUGAUAUAUUUGAUAUAAUUGAAAAUGGGAUUUUGGUUGCUGCUACUGAUUGUCCACAGGAAUUUAAGGCUAGAAGAGAUCGAAUUGCUGAGACUUUGUUCUCAUCUAAAUUGACUAAGUGUGUUGGUUGUGAUCGUGUUGAUUUGAGUGUGGCAAGUGAGGAUAGGAAGGUGGAUGAAGGCUCUAAAGAAAGCAAGGUGGAGAGUUUUAGUGAUGAUCGGAAUGGUGGGAUGAAUGUGAACAAGUUUGAAAACGAUUAUAGCUAUAGGGAUGCUGAGGCUUUGACAGAUGAGCUUGAAGAGGAAUCUCGAAGAUUUGGGGAGGUUUUGAGGAUCAAAGAUAUUUUAGAGAACCAUAAUGAGGCUACUUCGUUAGUGUUUGAGUCACUGCAGAGGCUUGAAUUGAUGCCUUUGUCUGUAGAAGUUCUGCAGGUAACUGAGAUUGGAAAGGCAGUUAAAGCUGUUCGUAAGCAUCCCUCAACAGAUAUACGGAAUCUUGCUAAUAAACUCCUCAGGGUAUGGAUAGCAUUGGUAGAUGAAUGGGUGGAGACGAGAAAAACUAUUGCAGGUGAUUUAGAAGGUGGUACGCCAGAGUCUAUGAAUCCAUCAAUUGUUGAUGAAGACGAAAGGCUCCCAACACCCCCGUAUGAAGAUUUAGCAUUCUUUGCUACUCAUGAUUCAUCAAUGGAGUUUUCUCAGUUCUUCGAUGGCUUGGAAGAUGAACUAAAUCCUCAAAACUGUGAGGAACUUAACAAAAACACUGAAAGUGGUAGAAAGGCACGGGUGGAGAGAAAUAACAUUUCAAAGCCGAGACAGCAGCCUCUUGGUGGUUCUGGUGCCACUCCAAAGUUCAAAAAGGAAGAGCUUAAUAAGAAGGACGCCGAAGCACUAAUGAAUAAACAAGCAACACUAGUAAAACCAAAUAAGCCCCCCAUCGUUAAAUCUGGAUUUGAUAGACCUGCAAAACCGAGUUUGGAAAACAAGGUUCUUUCUGAGAUAAAGUUGCAGAGAAAAUCAGACUUAACAAGCCAAAGGCCACCCAUACCUAAACAGAAGGAAACAAAGUCUUCAGAUGAGGAUAAACUUGAAGCAACAAAGAGGAAACUCCAGGAAAGAUACCAAGAAGCUCAGAACGCCAAGAGACAGCGGACAAUACAAGUUAUGGAAUUGCAUGAUCUUCCUAAGCAGGGACUUGGUCACAGGAAUCCUCAUGUGAGACCAGGAAACCGCAAUGGCAGCCAUAACAGGCAUGGGACAAUUAGACGUCGCUAGUUUCUCUGACUACACAGACUUAGCCAGCCAUGUUUUUUUUUCGAGUUUGUCCUAACUGCUCUUCAGCCGGGUACCUAUUACUUGUUCGAAUGUAUAGUUAAGUAAAUUCUGGUCGAGUCAAAAGUAAUUCUUCCAAGAUUAGAGAGGCAAACUUAAAUUAGGAUAAAUUUUAAGGUUUUAAACUUAUUUGAGUCGUUACUUUGACUCGUCACAGAUGGCCAUCAUAUUAGGCCACAGAUGUCGUGUCAUUACAAUCGAACACACAGAUGACAUUGUCAUUGUUCUCGUAAUCGUUCAGAUGAGUUACUGAAA